CAACAGAAAAACCAAAACACAGCCAAACCAGAGGAGUAGAUCAAGUUAAAAAGCUUAUCUUCAUCUUCUCCAUUCUCCACAAAUGGAUUCCAAAAUCCAAAUUCAUCCAGAAAAUCCUGAAUCUCAAGCCCCUUCAGAGGACCAGAAUCAAACCCAGAUUCCUUCCAUUCCUAUAGCUUCAAUUUCUCUAUCACUUUCCACUGUUCUUCCUUCCCAUUUUCUCUCCCCUUCCCAAAAAAUCGCUUCAAUCUUCAAUCCUCCAAAUAAGGUGAAAAUCCCAUCUCAAAUUUCAUCGCUUUCCCACCUUUCAAUUUCCUCCUCACUUUCACCUGGGAAGCCAUUUUUCAAAUCGACCAUUUCUGCAAACCCACUUCAAAGCCCACUUACUCUAAAUCCCCUUCGGCCCUCUGAGCCAUCCAAUGCCGCCGCACUCUGUCGUGCCUCCAUUGUUUGGUUCCGGAAUGACCUACGGGUCCAUGAUAAUGAGUGCCUUGCUUCUGCCCAUAACGAGUCCAUGUCUGUGCUUCCAGUUUACUGCUUUGAUCCACGGGAUUAUGGGAAAUCUUCGUCGGGAUUUGAUAAGACCGGCCCUUAUCGUGCCACUUUUUUGAUAGAGUCCGUUUCUAAUUUGAGGAAGAAUCUGCAGGCACGCGGGUCGGAUCUUGUGGUCCGGAUUGGAACGCCCGAGAGUGUGCUGGUGGAGCUGGUCAAGGCUGUGGGGGCCGAGGCAGUGUAUAUGCACAGGGAGGUUUCUUACAACGAGGUGAAAGCAGAGGAGAAGAUCGAGACGGUGAUGAAGGAUGAAGGAGUAGAGGUGAAGUACUUCUGGGGAAGCACAUUACACCAUUUGGAGGAUUUGCCAUUUAAGUUGGAGGAAAUGCCAACAAAUUAUGGGGGGUUUAAGGAGAAAGUGAAGGGAUUGGAGGUGAGGAAGACGAUCGAGGCGAUAGAUCAGAUGAGGGGAUUGCCGGCCAGAGGGGACGUGGAGCCUGGGGAGAUACCUUCAUUGGUGGAUUUGGGUCUUAACCCAAAUGCAACCAUGGGUCAGAAUGGAAAACUAGCCGCUGAUGCUUCUCUUGUGGGAGGAGAGACUGAAGCAUUGCAGAGGCUGAGAAAAUUUGCAGACGAAUGCACGGCAAAACCACACAAGGGAUCUGAGAAUGGGGCCAAUGAGAGCAUAUUUGGCGCAAACUUUUCUUGCAAAAUAUCCCCUUGGCUUGCUAUGGGAUGCAUUUCUCCUCGCUCCAUGUUCGAUGAGCUGAAGAAGUCUACUUCAAGUCUAAUCUCUGGUUCCUGCAACAAGAAAGAUGGUGGUAGUAGCUCAUCAGAUACUGGAAUGAACUGGUUGAUGUAUGAGCUUCUGUGGAGGGACUUCUUCAGAUUCAUUACCCGGAAAUACAGCUCUGUGAAACAACACAGUGAUGUUCCGGUGACAGCUUGUUCAGGUGCUGCAGCCUAAGGAGAGUGUCGAUGAAAAGUAAACAUGAGGUUUUCUUUUGUAUCCUACUGUUCAAUCAGGUCUGUAGCUUUUCGGUGCUGGAAUGGAGCUCUAUUAUUAGACAGUUUCUCACUGAAAUUGUGUUUGGCUGCAAAAAUAAUGCUGAACAUAGUUGUACCAUUAUUGAGGCUGUUAGUUUCUGACUUUUUGGUGUUUAUUUGCGUUGUCUGGAAGCAGUUCAUUUGUGUUCGGUUAUUUAUGGUAUGCCAUAUGUUUAAACAAUAAGAGAAGAUUGUAUCAAUAAACUAUUGUCCAUUUUCUAAUCAAACCCAUGCAACCGAAAUUUCGUGUCU